AUGAAGAGCAAUCUCAUCGUCGCAGCCGCUACGCUGCUCGGUGCUGCCAACGCUGGCAUGCAUCGCAUGAAGCUCCAGAAGGUUCCGUUGGAGCAGCAAUUGAGCGCUGCAAACAUUGGCGACCACUUGCGAGCCCUCCGCCAUAAGUACACCCAGAAGACACUGGGAGGCCCGGCCGAGGACAUCUUCAGGCAUACAUCCAUCGACAUUGACAGCCCUCAUGAGGUUCCGGUGGAGAAUUUCCUGAAUGCACAAUACUUCAGCACCAUUGCAAUUGGAACACCUCCACAGGAAUUCAAGGUGGUCCUCGAUACCGGCAGCUCCAACCUCUGGGUCCCCAGUACGUCCUGUGGCUCGAUCGCCUGCUACCUCCACCAGAAAUAUGAUUCCUCUGCCUCCAAGACCUACAAGAAGAAUGGCACCGAGUUCGGUAUUCGAUACGGCUCUGGUGAGGUGGCUGGCUACAUCUCUCAAGACAUCCUUCGCAUCGGAGACCUCACGAUCAAGGAUCAACUAUUCGGAGAGGCUACCAGCGAGCCGGGUCUGGCAUUCGCCUUCGGGCGAUUCGAUGGGAUCCUGGGUUUGGGCUACGAUAGUAUUUCUGUCAACCACAUUCCCCCACCCUUCUACAACAUGAUUGACCAGAAGCUCAUUGAUGAGCCUGUCUUCGCCUUCUAUCUCGGCAACACCGAUGAUGGAACCGAAUCCGAGGCAACCUUUGGUGGCGUUGAUAGCAGCCACUACACUGGAAAGCUUGUCAAAAUUCCCCUCCGUCGUAAGGCUUACUGGGAGGUCGAUCUUGAUGCCAUCACCUUCGGCAAAGCGACUGCUGAACUUGAUAGCACUGGCGUCAUCCUUGACACCGGCACUUCCUUGAUUGCUCUUCCGUCCACACUUGCCGAGCUGCUCAACAAGGAGAUUGGUGCAAAGAAGGGAUUCAACGGCCAGUACACGGUGGAAUGCGACAAGCGUGACUCUCUCCCAGAUGUUACCUUCACCCUUAGCGGGUAUAAUUUCUCCAUCACAGCUUUCGACUAUAUCUUAGAGGUCCAGGGCUCCUGCAUCAGCAGCUUCAUGGGCAUGGACUUCCCCGCUCCCACCGGCCCGUUGGCCAUUCUGGGUGACAGCUUCUUGAGGAAGUGGUACAGUGUCUAUGACCUGGGCAAUGAUGCUGUUGCUCUUGGCCGCUCCAAGUAA